CGCAAACGGUCUCGAAUAAUAUGUCAACAAACGAUGGGCGAGACCAGGCGAUGGCUGAAGAAGAACCGCCUUUUAAAAUCGGAUGCAUAAAGUUUGAAGCAGAGGAUGACUCGACUGAAGAACGGAUUAUCAAUGUUCUUAAAGAAAUUUCCGAAGAGAAUAAAGAACUACGCGAUCAAGUUGAGGUCCUGUCUAAAAAGCUCGAUGUGAUGGCGGACAAGCUGGCGGAGGCAACUGCUUUAAUGAAGAACCAUGUUCCAAAUGAGACUGAUGAUAUAAAAUUCCCAUUAAAAUCAGUGAUGGAGCUGGAGAGCCUCGACUCCAUAAUAACAACUACGGAGCUGUCGGAUAUGUAUAUCAGAAAGAUAUGGAGCUUAAUUGCAAAUGGGCCAUUAUCAAAAAGUAUAAAAAACGUGAUGGACGAGGGACUGAUUUUUGUUUUUAAUUUGGACGGAACAGCGGGCAAGAUGGCCCUAAAGGGAUAUAACAGGUUUUACAGUGUCUUGGAAAUGGCGACGCGGAUGAAGAGCCCCGGCGACUGCCCCAAAAAGGCUCUACGAAAAGCAAUACAAAAUGUUAAAAAUAAUAGUAUAAAAAAAAAUUCUAGAGCCAGAAAGCUGGAGAACCUCGACUCCAUAAUAGCAACUACGGAGCUGUCGGAGCUGAUGUCACUGAUAAGCACGCCAUUCUUGAACCAUGAGAAGUAG